GUUCCACAGCAGCAGAUGACAACAACAAAAACAGUCCGCCUCACUGAGAGGGGGCUAGCCCAGUUAGCUGCGCGACGCAAACUCUUUCUCUUAUAGUGUCACGUAGUUAUGAACACAACAAUGCAGGGGGUAGGAACGUAUUAGCACCAUGUUGUACCUGUCUGUUUAAAAAUGUUCAUCAGUUACUCUUGUUUAAGCUGGACCCGCUAAUGUUAGCUUUAGCGAGCUCUAUGCAUGUCAACCUUAAACGGGUUAGCUAGCUAGCUAGCUCCUUUGCUAGCUUGUUAGCUAGCCAGCUCGCCCAAGAGGAGACAAGAACCGAUAUGUGGGGAAAGUCGGCAGUUGGUGUUGUCUGACUAAAUGAGCAAGAUAAGCAAGCUUGGAGAACUCUGGGAGAUUCACCAUGAAGUUGUAUGUGUUCCAAGUGAACAACGGCAGCACGUUGACAUUUGACACUGACCUUGCUGUCCAGACUGUACAUCAGCUGAAACAUGCCAUCCAAGCCAAAUAUAAAAUUGCAAUUCAGCAUCAAGUCCUUGUUGUCAACGGAGGGGAAUGUAUGGCUGUGGACAGACGGGUCUGCAGCUACAGUGCUGGCACUGAAACCAAUCCCAUAUUCCUGUUCAACAAAGAGAUGAUCUUGUCUGAUCGGGAUCCAACCAUCCCCAAAACCACCUUCUCCAUCGAGAGUGAGAUUCAGGUCAAGGUGGAAGAAUCUCUACUGAUGCCAGCUGUCUUUCACACUGUUGCCUCAAGAACACAACUUGCCCUGGAAAUGUUUGAAGUUGCCAACAAGCUUUGCUCUUUCUGUGAACGUUUGGUUCACGAUGAACAUCUCCAACAUCAAGGCUGGGCUGCAAUCAUGGCCAACCUGGAUGAUUGCACUCAGUCGUACCAGAGGUUACUCAGCAAAUUCAACAUUUCAUACACCAAUUAUCAGCACGACCUGGAGGAAAUUAAAGUCAAACUUUCAAAGUUGGGGACAGCCGUCUCAGUGAUGGCCAGGAUACCCCUGCUGGAAUGUUUGACUCGGCACAGUUACAAAGAGAGCAUGGAGAAGUCCGGUUCAAGCCCCGGGAAGGAUUCAGACGAAACAGAGGAAGAAAAAUCCACCGACUCUGUGCGUUUCACUGCUCAAGCCCAGAUACCCCACAUGUCACCAUCUGCCCCGUCUGCCUCUGGAUCGGCUGCAGACGAGCUGCACGGAGAGCAGGAGACAAAUGAAAUGGCAGACAGCGGUGAGCUGAAAGCCGCUCUGCUAGAUGACAGCACUCCUGAGCUCACCAACCAGCCUUUGUUCAACGUUACGCUACUGGACUGGAUCAAUGUCCAGGAUCGGCCCAAUGAUGUCGAAGCAGUUGUGAGGAAGUGCUUUGACUCCAUCAACAGGCUGGACCCGCGCAUCAUUCAACCCUUCCUGGCAGAUUGCUGUGAAACAAUUGCAAAGUUAGAUAAUCAGAACAUGAAAGCCAUCAAAGGGCUUGAGGACCGAUUGUAUGCUCUAGAUCAGAUGAUUGCGAGCUGCAAGAAGCUGGUGAAUGAGCAGAAGGAACUUGCUCAGGGAUUUUUGGCAAAUCAGAAGCGAGCCGAAAACCUGAAGGACACGUCCGUUCUGCCUGACUUGUGUCUGAGUCACACCAACCAGCUGAUGAUCAUGCUAAACAACCACAGGAAGCUGCUGGACAUUAAGAAGAAGUGCACCACCGCCAAACAAGAACUGGCAAACAACCUUCAAGUCAGACUCAAAUGGUGCUGCUAUGUGAUGCUUCAUGCCGACCAGGAUGCAGAAAAGCUUCAGGCGCUUCUGCGGCUCCUGACGGAGCUGAUGGAGAGAGUGAGGGUGGUGGAGGCCCUCAGCACCGUGCCUCAGAUGUACUGCCUGGCCGUCGUGGAAGUCGUCAGGAGAAAAAUGUUUAUGCGUCACUACAGAGCGUGGGCCAAUGCUCUCGUGAAGGAUGGAAAACGCCUGUAUGAGGCAGAAAAGUUCAAAAGGGAAUCCUUCGGGAAACUCUUCAGAAAGUCUUUCCUCCGAAAUCGGCUGUUUCGAGGGUUGGACUCGUGGCCCCCGACAUCAUUCUGUACCCGAAGGCCCAGAAGGUUUGAUGAUGAACUCCCAGACAUCUCACUUGAUGACCUGCAGUACUUGAAGUCAUGUUGUCCUGACGAGGUGCAGCCUUUCCUAAUGGUGCCCAGCAUGUGUGAUUUGGAGCCCUUAAAUCGCCACGUAGAGAAACUUCAUCAGCUUGUCCAGGCUGCUCAAAGUGUAGACGAGAUGUCCCAAACUAUCACUGACCUGCUAAGUGAACAAAGGGCAUCAUGUACUCAGAGCGCCCAGAGAUCCAGUGUGCUGUCUGAAAACACGCCAACGUCUCCUAAAACCCCCCCCUCUCUAAGCCUUCAGGGAACCAGCUGCCAGCCUCUUCACGUCCCCAUCCCCGCCCCCUUGGAGGACUUAUCCCCCGACAGCAUCGACGCGCAGACGUUUGACUUUGAAACCAUCGGGCACCCGAACAUGGAUCCGGUCCUGCAGCAGGGAUCGCUGGACUUGGACUCUCUAGCGGAGAGCCCCGAAUCGGAUUUCAUGUCAGCUGUCAACGAGUUUGUGAUCGAAGAGAACUUGGCCUCUCCGAACCCCAUCAGUGAGCCGAUCAGCCCAGAAAUGAUGGUGGAGUCUCUGUACUCGUCUGUCAUAAAUGCUAUAGACAACAAGCGAAUGCAGGACACCACUACGCUACAGAGAGAAGCCUCCAAGAUCUCUGAACUCAAAGACGUUCUGGAGAAAUAUCAGUGUGCUGCCGAGGAGUCCGUCUGCAAGUUCAGGGUCGUGAAGGAUGAUCUCAGGCAUUUAAAGAGUCUAGUAUUGAAGGAACGGAGCGACUUCACGUUAGCCAUCAACAGCUUAACCACAGAAGUGAGCAGCGCUGUGGGCGGCGUCUACCAGACCCACGAAAUGCAGCUGAGAGAGCAGCAUCGUGGAGAGCUUCUGAACCUCAGGCAGGAGCUGGAGAAGCAGAUUCACAGCCUGGCGGAGGAAAACCAAGUCAACCAGAAUAUAGUGCGAGACGUCCAACGCGCCAUGCUGGAGCUGGAGGGGCUGCUGGAGCGCAAGGAGAAGGAGCUGACGCAGCUGGAGAACGAGAAGGAGCGCUGGUUGGAGAAGGAGGGCCAUCUGAACGAAAGGAUCAAAAACCUGGAGCAGAUCAUCAGUGAGCAGGCCGAAGAGAUCAGGAUGCUCUCAACCUUGAGGGACUCUUUGAGCAGUCAGCUGGAGAACCUGCACUUUGAGAUUGAACGCAGUCAGCAGAAGAUUCGCCAGGAGAUGGAAGCUGCCAGUCGGUGCCAUUUGAAGGAGCUGGAGGACCGAUUGAAGGAGGAGCACAGGACGGAGCUGGAAACCAUGAGCAAGGAUAACAAGGAAGCCCUGGAACACCUUGCUGCUGAAAAUGACGCAAAGUCGAUGACUUCAGCCAAUCACCAUGCUGCUGCUCUCCAGGAGAAGGAUGCUCAGAUCAAGGAUUUGGAAGCUCGGCUUACGGAACUCGCAGAGCUGCGCUGCAAGUUAGAGGUGGAACUAGCCUUAAAGGAGUCCGAAUCGGAGGAGGCGAGGAUCCACUUUGAGGAGACGAAGACGCAGCAGGCAGAUGCCAUGAAGACCCAAGUGGAAGCCGAGACCAAAACCAUCAGAGAAGAGCUGGCAGGACUCCGAAAGCAACUGCAAGCUAAGAACGAGGAGUAUGAAGUGGACCUAGCAGAGCUGAGAGCCCUCAUGAGAAUUGAGAAGGACCACUGCAUCUCAGAGCUGGUGGACAGACACGAAGAGGAGACGACUCUGUUGCACAGCAACCUCUCCUCCCUGAAGCAAAAGCUCCAGGACGCCAAAGGGAGCCACGCCGAGCAGCAGCAGAGACUCACAGACGAGUUCAGUCAGCAGAUCGCUGAGCUAACGGAGGAAAAAGAGCAGCAGUGUAAGAGUUUCCAAGCGUUGGAGCAGGAGUUGAGGACUCUUAUUGGCAAUUUACGGUCAGAAAACGACCAUCUUUCAAAAGCAUUAAAGCAGGAAGAUUCAAGGAAAGAGGAGGCCUCAAAUGCUGCAGCAGCAGACGGCUUUAAAGAGCUGGAGCAGCAGAAGGAGGAGAUGGAGAGGAGACUUUUAGACAAAAUUCAACAGCUGGAACAAGAGCUUUCCGAAAAGAAGUUCUCAAAAAGUGAGGAAGGUUUGUCGCUUCACGCCGAGAGUGGAGCGGAUUCUGGAGGACCGCUGUCGCUGGACUCUGCCCUACAAGAGCGCCUGCAGCAGGAGCGGGCGUCCUUACAGAUCCAGAUGGAACUCCUCGAAAAGAAGAAGAACGAAGAGAUGCAGAACCUCAAGACCUCGCUGAUUGCAGAGCAGCAGACAAACUUCAACACUGUGCUAACCCGAGAAAAGAUGAAGAAGGAGCAGAUCAUCAGUGACCUCACAGAAAAGCUGCACAAAGUGACUCAGCAGCAGGAGAAGGACAAAGCUUUGAUAGAAACGUUGUCUGAGGACCGGGCAAGUGUGAUGCAGGAGAAGAAGCACUUGGAGGAGGAGCUGAACCGCCUGCGCAGCACCGUCCUGGCCUCCUCCAGCAUGUUCACCUCCGCAGAGGCCGGAGCGGCGGCAGCACGAGCUCUGCCCGUCGCCGAGACUCUGGCUGACACGUCUGUGGGCGCCAUGCAGGACGACGAGCACGUCGAUUCCGCCGUGGAGGCCAGCAUGGUGACCGUCCAGGACAGCAUCCUGUCGGAGGAGAAGCAGCGCAUCAUCUUACUCGAGAGGACCUUACAUAUGAAGGAAGAAGAAAACAAGCGCCUCAGUCAAAGACUCAUGUCUCAGAGCAUGUCGUCCGUGUCGUCACGGCAUUCAGACAAAAUCGCAAUCAGAGAUUUCCAGGUUGGCGAUUUGGUUCUCAUCAUUCUGGACGAACGGCACGACAACUACGUGCUCUUCACCGUCGGCCCCACCCUCUACUUCCUCCACUCGGAGUCUCUCACUGCUCUGGACCUCAAACCAGCUUCAGGGACUUCUAGGCGGCCGUGGGUUCUUGGAAAAGUUCUGGAGAAGGAGUAUUGCCAAGCAAAAAAGGCCCAGAACAGAUUUAAGGUUCCUCUGGGAACCAAGUUUUACAGAGUGAAAGCUGUUCCAUGGAACAGAAAAGUAUAAUAGCCAAUUCAUGAUCUGAACCCUUUUUUAAAAAUGUCCAUAAACUUCAUUACAGAACUCAUAACUUGAAAAAGGAAGCUACUUUUUUUUUCUUUUUUAAAGAUUAGGAUGGACAUGCAUUUUAUUUUGAAAUCGCCUUUUCUCUUUAUUUUGUUUUAAACCCGGGUUUGUUCAUGUGGACCAAAUGCUACUCUUGUAAUUGGGGUCCCCCCCCACCCCACUACACUACACUGUGGCAUGACGCCCUUUGACCUGUGUGUACAAUUGAAGAAAACUUUGGAUGUUAAAUAUUUAGUUUCCAUUCUCAACAUUUGUGUAAAAUACUGUGUCAUUAUGGAGAUAAUUAAUAAAAAAACAGACCAUUUAUAAAUAAAUGUUGAUGGAGGAAUGUUCAUGGCAUGCAUCUUAAAAUAUUUCUUUCAUUUACUUACCAGAUAAACGUGGUUGUUGUAGUUAAUGCUGUUUAUUACUCACAACACAGUAUUGCUGUCGGUCAAUACUGCCAUGUAAAUGAUGAAUGACUGAAGGACGCAGUCUUCUUUGCAAUCCUUGAAAUGCACUUUGGAAAACCAUGCUUUUUAUGAUUUAAAUAAAAAUAAAUAAAAAAGGGAAGUUUAGUUGAGCUGUCGGAACUAAAUAAAUCCAUCAGCAGGAAUUUCUCACUUAUAGAAUUAUUGAUAUGUAGAGAGAAAUGCGUUGUGACUGUGUUUCAGUAUCACGAGACGUUGUAUAUAACCCAUUAAAUCAAAUGUAACAAGAAAUGACUGUAUUGUACAAGAUAGAGUUUUGAAACAAUAAAGGUUUGAUCCCAAAUUUA